UCAAAAGUGUUUACGAGAUAGACGGAUCUCUUUGAUCUGUUGUUCGCAAUUUAAAAAAAACAAAACACCUUGGUAAACGUGAUGAUCGCUAUUGGAUUCGAAGGCAGUGCGAAUAAACUAGGUGUAGGAAUAAUUCGCGAUCAGGAAGUGUUAUCAAAUGUACGGCAUACGUAUGUCACUCCACCGGGAGAAGGUUUCUUGCCUCGAGAAACAGCGCAGCAUCACAGGAAGCAUAUUCUGGAGGUUUUGCAAAAAGCAUUGGAUGACGCUAAGAUCACCUUGAAGGACGCAAACGUCAUUUGUUACACCAAAGGACCGGGAAUGGGAGCGCCGCUGACAGUGGCGGCAUUAGUAGCCAGAACUGUCGCCCAGUUGUACAAUAAACCUAUAGUUGCGGUUAAUCAUUGCAUCGGUCACAUCGAGAUGGGACGUUUAAUCACCGGCAGCAAGAAUCCAACUAUCUUGUACGUUUCCGGCGGAAACACUCAGAUUAUCGCGUAUUCUCGGCAAAAGUAUCGCAUUUUUGGCGAGACAAUUGACAUAGCGGUUGGCAAUUGCCUGGACAGAUUCGCGAGGUUGUUGAAACUUUCGAACGAUCCCAGUCCUGGAUACAACAUAGAACAAUUGGCGAAGAAGGGUAAAAAAUUGGCACCGCUACCGUAUGUUGUGAAGGGAAUGGAUGUGUCUUUUUCUGGUAUUUUAAGUCACAUAGAGGAACAUUGUUCAAAGUGGCUCGAUACGAAAGCGUUCACUCCCGAGGACUUGUGUUUCUCUCUGCAAGAGACCGUGUUCGCCAUGCUCAUCGAAAUCACAGAGCGCGCGAUGGCGCACGUGGGAUCGAACGAGGUGCUGAUCGUGGGCGGCGUGGGUUGCAACGAAAGACUGCAGGAAAUGAUGAAUGUCAUGUGCGAAGAAAGAAACGCGACUCUUUACGCGACGGACGAACGAUUUUGCAUAGACAAUGGCGUUAUGAUCGCAGUCGCCGGACUGCUACAGUACAAAUGCGAGAGCGGUACCCCUUGGAUGCAAACCACUUGCGUUCAGAGAUACCGAACGGACGAUGUACAUGUUUCCUGGAGAGAAUAAAAAAGUAUUUUAUA